AUGGUAUUAUUAAUUGAUAGAUUAUUAUUUUUUUUAACAAAUCUUUUUCUUUUAUUAUUUAUCUUUCCAAGAUUCAUCGCUCAAAAAUUGGGUAAUAGGUUGGUGGUUUAUCGUCAUAAAAAUCCACGCCAAUUACCUGUAGAUUGUCUUAUUGAAAUCUUGGGAUAUUUGGAAAAUGAUACUUCUACUCUUCAUUCUUGUAUCUUAGCAAAUCAACUUUUAUGUUUUCUUGCUAUUCGUAUUUUAUGGAAACGUCCAUUUGAAAACGUGUAUCCGAAUAAUUUUGGAUCGCUCACAAUUAGAACUUAUAUCUCUUGUCUUUCAGAUGAGGAAAAACAAAUUUUAUUAAAUAAUGAUAUAGAUAUUCCUGAUUUAAAUCAACCUUUUCUUGAUUAUCCAGGAUAUCUACAACAUUUUGAUUGUGAUAAUUUUAUAUCAUCAAUUCACGCUUGGUUAAAUGGUGCUAUGAUAGAUUAUCCUGAAGAUGAUUCAGUUCAACUUACUUCUAGUCUUAUUGGUAAUAUGAUUUGUAGAAGAUCAUCAGGUUUUAAAGAUCUUAGAUAUUUACGUAAAGCACCUGAUAAUUUGAUUUUGGUGGAUUUAUUAAAUUAUACUGGGGUUAAUGAAGCUUUUUCUAAAUUACAACGAUUUGAAUUUCGUAAUUCUCAUUACGCGGAUGAAAAUUUUACGCGUGGUUGGAUUAAUCUUUUUAAUACCGUAUCUAUUUCAACUAAAAAUUUACAACAUAUAACUAUUUAUUUAAGUAAGAAAAAUCGAGAAACAUUUCAAGAACUUGAUCAAUCAAUAAUAGAAUUUAUAAGAUCUCAAAGGAGUUUAAAAAGUAUAUCAUUAAAUACUUUUUGGAGGACAAUAAAUUCAAGAUCAAUUUAUGAAUCUAUAUUACAUCAUUCUCGUUCAUUAGAAUAUUUAAGAAUACAUGGGUUAUCAGAUUUACCCAUGUUAUUUCAAGUAUUAAGUAAUUGUGAUAAUCUAAAAACAUUAGAAUUUGCUCAAAGUUGGAGAAGGGAUGAUAAUUUCGAUUUUGGAAAUAUAAUACCUUCAUCAUUAAAAAUAAAUCAUUUAUAUUAUUAUUUUUCUAAUGCCCAUUCAGUAGAUUUUAUUAAUACUAUUUUAAGAUUAUCAAGUAACAAUUUAUUAUCUUUUUCAAGUAAACAAUUUACACCUUUAAUUAUGACAACAAUUAAUACUUAUUGUCCAAAUAUAACUCAUUUAUGUGUAAAUUUAAGACCCUCAGAUCUUACUUUAUUUAUUGAACUAUUAUUAACUACUUUAAAACUCAAACAUUUAACAAUACAAACUCCUUAUGCUCCUCGUUUAACUAAAGUUCAACUUUAUCAAUUAGCUAAAGCUUUACCUGUAUCUUGUGAAUAUUUUGGCAUAGAUUCUGAAAUUAAUUAUUCUCAUUUAGAUCAUUUCUUAAGAAAUUGUCAUGAAAAAUUAAAAAUAUUGACUUUACAUCAUAUAUCAGAAAAUCAUGUAAAUUGUUUGGAAUCUGUUAUAGCUUAUGCUAUAAGUUUUAAAAGUUUAAAAGAAAUUAGACUACAAAAGGUUAAUCAUAAUUCUGAUAUAACUGAAUAUCAAUAUAAAAAAUGGUUAAAUGAACAAUUAUCAAAAGCUUCUACUGCUCCAAGACUUACGAAACAUCCUCGUCAUCAUUUAGUACAUAAAUUAAAAAUAUCCGAAGCAAAACCAAUAUCAUUUAGUUAUCAUGAAACAGUAUUUAAUUCAAAAAUUAUAAACUUUACAAUUUAG